AUGUUAGCAGUUGAUGUUAUGAAUGAGGAUCAUGAACCAACAUCUAUUAAAGAGUGUACACAAAGAAGUAAUUGGCCAAAAUGGAAUGAAGCAAUAGAUGCCGAACUAAAAUCUCUUGCAAAGAGAGAAGUUUUUGGACCAGUAGUCUGUAUAUCUAAAGGUGUAAAACCAGUGGGACAUAAAUGGGGUUUUAUAAAAAAGAAGAAUGAAAUUGGUAAAAUUGUGAGGUACUUUCAUUUGACAUGUAAGAAGGAGUUUAGGGACAAGAUUAUGUCAGAUUACUUCACAUAUAUUGCGGAAUCAUCGGCGAAGAUGUUGGCAAACAGAGACAAUCUCAAGAUCCACAGUUUCAACUCAGAGUUUAAUGACUGGGAGUCAACGAUCUUCCAACACCAUACGACGUUUGAAACACUGGCAAUGGAACCUGAGCUCAAGAACACAUUGAUCCGUGACCUAGACGCUUUCUCCAAAAGAAAAGACUACUUCAAAACCGUGGGACGAGCUUGGAAACGCGGUUAUCUUCUUUACGGUCCGCCUGGAACAGGGAAAUCAUCGCUUGUUGCUGCGAUUGCUAAUCACAUGAACUUUAGUAUCUAUGAUCUUCAGAUUCAGAGUGUCAAAGGUGAUGCUAUGCUUAGACAGAUUCUUACUUCAACCGAGAACCGCUCCAUCCUUCUCAUCGAAGAUCUUGAUUGUUCUGGAGCGGAUGCUUCUUGUAGAAAUGAAAAUAAAGAUGAUGGUGAACCUGGCAAGAGUCAGAACAAGAAGAAGAAGGACGAGGAUCCUAAGGUAACUUUGUCUGGUCUACUAAACUUUGUAGACGGGUUAUGGUCAAGCUGUGUAGAGGAAAGAAUCAUAGUAUUCACAACGAAUCACAAGGAGAAGCUCGAUCCCGCAUUGUUGAGACCAGGAAGGAUGGAUGUUCAUAUUCUCAUGGACUACUGUACACCAACUGUUAUCAAGAAACUCGCUGCAGUGUAUCUCGACAUCGAAGAACACGUUUCGUUUGAGGCCAUUGAGAAGUUGCUGCUCGAGGUGAAAGCAACCCCAGCUGAGAUCACCGAGCAGCUUAUGGUGAGCGAUAAUCCGGAUGUUACGCUUAAGGUUCUUGUUGAGUUUCUUGAAACCAAGAAGUUGACUAAGGAGGAUACCGUAAACUCUGAAAUCAAAGAAGCAGAAGCAUGAGACUUCAACUCAAGGAUC